GACUAGCGAAAAGAAAUGCUUCUCGAACACACCCCGCAGGAGAAACAUUGAAAAAAUGGUCUCGAGACUGUCACCCUACCUCCAGGCUCCACUCCCUUCACCAAACGGGGAACAACCCACAAAAUUACAAAAAGGGAGUGCUUUUCAACAAGUAGAAAAAAUCUGAGCAUAGACGUGUAUAUACCAACUAAAUCCGAGCAUAAACAAUGUAUAUACCACCUAACUACAGGAUGACAUGUCUAAUAAAAUUUCAAAACAGUAAAAGCAGAAGUCAGAGGCAGAAUUUCAGUCAUCAAGCAUGUUAUGGAAAUUAGAGAAAAGUUUCUCUUACAGUCCAUGCAAUGCAUUGCCAGGUGGGUUAUGGAGGCCUGGACUCCAUGGCGUUUGUAUGAGAGUACAACUGUUGUUAAGACAAAAGGUUGAUCUUCGUGGUUCGUUGAAGAUACAUAUAUCCAUUAUAGGUUUCUUGUCUCUGUGUUGUUCGUGGAUCUCUAUGAGAAAGGGGCAGUUGGCUUAUGGGGAAUUGACACCUUUACAGCUUGACUUAGACGUAAGAGUGGGGCACAACUAGAUAUUAUGGCAGUAGAGGGGAUGGUGGGUGCCUUUGCAUUUAUUGGUUCUACCAUGGAUGUGGUGGAAGGUGUUUUUUCGUUCGUAAAGAUGUGUAAGCUGAUAGGUUGAGGGGUUACUAGGUUUUUUUCUGGGCACAUAACAGGGGCAGGGAGAAUGGAGGCCAGAUCAGAGGGAACUCAAAAUUUGGAGAGCUCUGCAAAACGGAGCACUGGUUUUAGGGACCGGAAACAGAGGCAUGGGAACGUUGGCAAGGGAAGGGUGGAGGCGAAUUUGCAUUCAAAAGGAAGGGAUUCAGGUGGAGAAGAUGAAGGGAAGCGGAAAAUAAGAAUUGGAGAUAGAUCCAGUCCGGGCAAAGUAGCAGGAUCAAAUAUGGCAAUGGCAAAUGAAUGUGAGUCUUGCAAAGGUGUGGCUUCUCCUAUUGGAGAUGUCAUAAUUGAGGAAAAUUGGACCUCUGGCAGUACACAAAAUAGGGAUGACAGGGCAGAUAGUCAAAGGAAAGUCUCAGGUAGAUAUGGCUUUGUUAGCCAGUAUUUUGAAUGGGUCCAACAACGGAAGUCUGUGUGGUUGACACUGAAAUCAACCACAUUGCAGGCAAAAAAUUAUGUAGUUCCAAGAGUAGAAAGCAGUUGUCUUUGGGCUCGUACUUGCCUUAUAAAUAUUGCAAGGUUAUGGCUGGUGAUUUUUGUAUUGUGGUUAAACUGCUGUGUCAGAGGCAUUGGAUCUUUCCUUCAUUUAGGAAUGGCAGCCUUCUUUGUACUACUUUGGUGCAGUUUUCUUAGUUCCAUAGCUAUUGUGGGCUUCAUAUAUGUGCUAUCUACUAUGGUGAUAACUUGUGUAGCAGCUUUUGUUCUUGGCAAUACAUAUGGAAUAUUGAUAAUGUUUAGUUUGGGAGCACUGAUGCUGUGGAUGUAUGGUAGCUUUUGGAUCACAGGGACAUUUGUUUUAAUUGGAGGUAUUUUUCUAGCUUCCAGUUACCCACAUGUAGCAAUUCUGAUCACAACUAUCUACUCCAUCUAUUGUGCUAAAGUUCACGUUGGAUGGCUUGGCUCGGUUUUCUGUGUGAACAUGGCUUUCAUAUCAAGUGAUAUUUUACUUUAUUUCUUAAAGGAAAGUGUGGAUGAGAGCGAAGGGCAAACCUCUAGUGAUCAAGCUAAAUCAAGUAAAAACAGGGGAAGACAUUUUUACACUGAAUCGACAAAACCUUAUUCGUCUGAUGGUGGGGCUGGAUCAUCGGGCAGACCAUCUGGUGAAAGCUUUCACACAAAUCAGUUGGGAGGGCUUAAUACAGGGCCAUCAACUGGUGGACAGGCUGAACCAAUUUCAAAUUUAGCAGAAGAAGAGGUGAUGCGGCUGCUUGAUAGCCCUGAUUACUAUGCAACAUUGGGAUUAUCUCGCUUUGAGGAUAUAAAUUCUGCUACUUUAAAGAGAGAGUAUAGGAAAAAGGCAAUGUUGGUCCAUCCUGACAAGAAUAUGGGGAAUGUAAAGGCAGAGGAAGCUUUCAAGAAACUUCAAAAUGCUUAUGAGGCCCUACUGGAUUUGGACAAGAAGAAAAUUUAUGAUGAAGAGUUGCAAAGAGAAGAAUUGUUGAGGAGCUUGAACAUGUUUCGAAGUGGUGCUAAAAAGAAUGGCAGGUAUGGUGCUUCUGAGUAUGGGUUCAUUUUUGCCGAGGAUGAUUUUGAGGAUCUACAUGUAGAAUCAAGAAGAAUCGCUUGCAAGAAAUGCAGUGGUUCACACAUCUGGAUGCAUACUGGAAGAGCUAAAGCACGUGCAAGAUGGUGCCAGGAUUGCCAAGAUUACCAUCAAGCCAAAGAUGGAGAUGGAUGGAUUGAACAAUCUGUUCAGCCAUUUUUCUUCGGGAUUCUUCAAAAGGUGGAUCUUCCACGUGCAUAUGCCUGUGUGGAUAGCAGGAUAUUUGAUGUGACCGAGUGGGUUGGUUGCCAGGGGAUGAAAUGUACACCGAACACUCAUAAACCAACUUUCCACAUCAAUACUACUAUAAUGGGUAAGGGACCUGCAUGUGGGCGUUCUCAAGGAUACAAAGACACUGCCAAUGGGGGAAUGGCUACAAACUUCAAUGAAAAUAUGACAGAGGAAGAGUUUUUCAAGUGGCUUGCAAAUGCAAUGGCAACUGGCACAUUUGACAGUGGUGAUGGUGCACAGGAAAAUUCUAACAUGGAGACCAAUAGUCGUGCCAAAAAUAGCAAAAAAAAGAGGAAGGGCAAGAGGCAAUUGUGAAAACCAGUUUCAAGAUGCUUUCAUUUGGUUUUUCUCAUACCCACCGAGUUUGUGGUUGUUUCUUGUGUAGUUAUUUAUACACAUAGGGUAUAAAUACUUGUAUUCCAAGCCUUGUAAAUUCAGCAUAUAACUUUGAUUUAUAGAGGGAAAACAUUUUUCUAUUGUGGUCAGUAAUUCCACUUUUGACAGAUUGUUUUACAUGUGAAUUGAGGUUGUUAUAAAACCAAAAAUAUAAGAGAAUCAACAGAAAGAAGGGAGGGCUGGUUUUGUAAUGUUAUGGUGGGGAAGGUGAAAAGUUGCGGAAAAGUUGCCCUCCAAUAUAUAUAUGGGGCUGAAGGGUGGCAUGCAGUUGUAUUCUUAAUAGGAUGGUGGCAGGAAUACUUUUAUUAUGGAGGAUUUAUCAAUUAAAACUGUUAGCAAAUACAAAAUGUACAUGUCAUGUAUC